UGCUCUCCCUCUGUCACACCCACAGUAGGUAUAGUGUCACCAAUAGCGUAAGUUAGCCUUGGUGUGCUUUUAGGCUGCACCUUUCAAGUCUUUUGAGUGAUCUAGUAGAGUCUAGGAGACAGCCUCAGCCCUCAGGUCCCAAUGCAGACGAUUCUUCAUCAGUCUUCUGGGUGACAUAGAGGCCUGCCUGCCUGCCUGCCCUACCUGCUACCUGCUUGCCUUCCUGCCUGGUGCCUCUCCUGGCUCAUCAGAAAACACCAGACACCUGCAGGCUAACAGAAGAGGAGUCUAGGCUAACUGGACCAGACGUCAUCAUCACCACUAGUCUACAUUACAUCUGUUGCUGUCCUGUCCUGUCUACACUCAGCAAUAGUCUCAUCCUUGCCAGAGACCACCCAGAGACCAGCACACCUUGGCCCAGGAGGCAGCAGCCAUGUCGAGUCCAGGGGAGAGUCUAUCAUCAGAGUGCAGCAGCUCAUUGUUAACGCCCUGCCUAGGUCUGCCCGAGAGAAACAUGGGACACAGGGCCGGCUGGGAGAUGGAGGACACCAAGCCCUGCAUGGAGGCUCUGGAGCAUUGUGGGUUUCCAGGCCUCUACCUGUCCUGCUUCGACAUGCUCUUUACCGAGGACUCCACCUGGCUGGUGAAGGUGUCCGAGGCCUCCCCGGGUCUGGCCUGCGCCGUGCCUGUCCCUGUACCCAGGACGGUGCACGGAGAGGAGCCAGAGCAGUGCCCCGUCAUCGACAGCCAGGCCCUGGGGCUCUCCCCGGGGCUAGAGGGCCAGGAGGAGGAGCGAUCCCUGGAGCAGGUCCAGAGCAUGGUGGUCGGAGAGGUUCUGAAGGACAUCGAGACAGCCUGCAAGCUGCUCAACAUCACCCCAGACCCCAUGGAGUGGAGCUCGGGGAACGUUCAGAAGUGGUUGCUGUGGACAGAGCAUCUGUACAGACUGCCUCAGGCUGGAAAGACCUUCCAGGAGCAGACUGGGAAAGACCUGUGUGCCAUGAGUGAAGCGGACUUCAGGCAGAGGGUCCCUCAGUGUGGAGACACUCUGCACGCCCACCUGGACAUCUGGAAGUCAGCUGCCUGGAUGAAAGAGAGGUGUUCAGUUGGAGACAGCAAAAUCACAGGCGGAGAAGAGCUGUGGUUGGAGGCAGACUCGUCGUGCUCAGGCCAGCCCAUUCACCUGUGGCAGUUCCUCAGAGAGCUGCUCCUCAAGCCCCACAACUACGGACGCUGCAUCCGCUGGCUCAACAAGGAGAAAGGUAUUUUCAAAAUCGAGGACUCUGCUCAUGUGGCAAGACUCUGGGGACGGAGGAAGAACCGACCAGCGAUGAACUAUGACAAGCUGAGCCGCUCCAUACGGCAGUAUUACAAGAAGGGCAUCAUCCGCAAGCCUGACGUCUCCCAGAGACUGGUCUACCAGUUUGUCCACCCAGUAUAAGGGGAAGGAGGAGCACAAAGGCCUAUUAAAGAAAAGACCACACAAUCACACCUUGGUCUUGAACAUUACACAACCAAGCUGAAAAGGGGUAAAACACCUGGCCAAUCCCUGUCAGUACACAUACCCUUUGCCAGUACGGAAGUGUCAGCUGCCAAAGCUGGCAAAUGAAGAUUUUAUUUUUUUUAACGCAGAGAAGAAAUUUGAGACAAAAAUGUUAAGUGAUCUUUCUGGACUGCCCCCCCACACACCCCCACCCCGCCAUUUGAACUGCCUUUUUAAUCUGCAUGAUCUGCCUGUCCUUGUUUUCCUAUUGUGUAAUUUAACCAAUAAUCAGUAUCUUAAAACUACACUGUAGAAUGAAGAACAGUUUGUUGUUUGUUAAUUUAUCAGAUCUGUUCCCCGUCUUCCAUCUGGGAAUGUAUUUAGAAGUUUUGCUUCAGUAGCAUUCAGUUCUGGCUGUUAUCCAGAGGAACAAACAGCUCCCUCUUUUUUUACUCAUCACAUGGCACACUUCGGAAUUCUCCCGAAAGGCAUUUACAAUAGAGAAUUAGAGCAGUUCACUGAACCUGAAUGGGAGUGCAUCAACAACUCCUUGACAGCAAACUCAUACAGCCACCACAGUCAUCCGACCGUCUCCUAUAUGCGUGCUCCAUUAACUUACAGUGGCAAGAAAAAGUAUGUGAACCCUUUGGAAUUACCUGGAUUUCUGAAUAAAUUGGUCAUAAAAUUAGACAAGCAAAGUCUGCUUAAACUAAUAACACACAAACAAUUAUACGUUUUCAUGUCUUUAUUGAACACAACCUGUACACAUUCACAUUGUAGGGUGUAAUAAGUAUGUGAACCCUUGCAUUUAAUAACUGGUUGACCCUCCUUUGGCAGCAAUAAACUCAACCAAACAUUUUCUGUAGUUGCAGAUCAGACCUGUGCAACGGUCAGGAGAAAUGUUGGACCAUUCCUCUUUACAAAACUGUUUCAGUUCAACAAUAUUCUUAAGAUGUCUGGUGUGAACCGUUCUCGAGGUAAUGCCACAGCAUUUUAAAUCGGGAUGAGGUCAGGACUCUGACUGGGCCACUCCAGAAGACGUAUUUUCUUCUGUUGAAGCCAUUCUGUUGUUGAUUUACUUCUGUGUUUUGGGUCGUUGUCCUGUUGCAUCAUCCAACUUCUGUUGAGCUUCAAUUGUCGGACAGAUAGCCUUACAUUCCCCUGCAAAAUGUCUUGAUAAACUUGGGAAUUCAUUUUUCCAUCGAUGAUAGCAAGCUGUCCAGGCCCUGAGCCCCAAACCAUGAUGCUCCCUCCACCAUACUUUACAGUUGGGAUGAGACUUUGAUGUUGGUGCGCUGUGCCUUUUUUUUCUCCACACAUAGUGCUGUGUGUUCCUUCCUUCCAAACAACUCAACUUUAGUUUAAUCUGUCCACAGAAUAUUUUGCCAGUAGCGCUGUGGAACAUCCAGGUGCUCUUUUGCGAACUUUUUUUUUUUUUCAGAUGUGCAGCACUGUUUUUUUUGGACAGAAGUGGCUUAUUCCAUUCCACCAUUAUUGCUUCGUGUUUAACGUAUGGUAAACUCGUCAACAGAGAUGUUAGCAUGUUCCAGAGAUUUCAGUAAGUCUUUAGCUGACACUCUAGGAUUCUUUUUAACCUCAUUGAGCAUUCUGAACUGUGCUCCUGCAGUCAUCUUUGCAGGAGGGCCACUGCUAGGGAGAGUAGCAACAGUGCUGAACUUUCUACAUUUAUAGACAAUUUGUCUUACUGUGGACGGAUGAACAUCAAGGCUUUUAGAGAUACUUGUGUAACCCGUUCCAGCUUAAUGCAAAUCAACAAUUCUUAAUCUUAGGUCUUCUGAGAUCUCUUUUGUUUGAGGAAUGGUUCACAUCAGGCAAUGCUUGUGAGUGUUUUUUAUAGGGCAAGGCAGCUCUAACCAACAUCUCCAAUCUUGUCUCAUUGAUUGGACUCAAGGUUAGCUGACUCUUGACUCCAAUUAGCUUUUGGAGAAGUCAUUAGCCUAGGGGUUCACAUACUUAUUCCAACCUACACUGGGAAUGUUUUAAUGAUGUAUUCAAUAUAGACAAGAAAAAUACAAUAAUGUGUGUUAUUAGUUUAAGCACACUGUGUUUGUCUAUUGUUGUUGUGACUAAGAUGAAGAUCAGAUCAAAAAAUCCUACAAUGUGAUUUUCUGGAUUUUUUUUCUCCUUUUGUCUGUCAUAGUUGAAGUGUACCUAUGAUGAAAAUUACAGGCCUCCCUCAUCUUUUUAAGUGGGAGAACUUGCACAAUUGGUGGCUGACUAAAUAUUUUUUUGCCCCACUGUAUAUACACACAUUCACAUAUAUAAACUCAGCAAAAAUAGAAACAUCCUCUCACUGUCAACUGUGUUUAUUUUCAGCAAACUUAACGUGUAAAUAUUUGUAUGAACAUAAGAUUCAACAACUGAGACAUAAACUGAACAAGUUCCACAGACGUGUGACUAACAGAAAUGGAUUAAUGUGUCCCUGAACAAAGGGGGGUCAAAAUCAAAAGUAACAGUCAGUAUCUGGUGUGGCCACCAGCUGCAAUAAGUACUGCAGUGCAUCUCCUCCUCAUGGACUGCACCAGAUUUGCCCGUUCUUGCUCUGAGAUGUUACCCCACUCUUCCACCAAGGCACCUGCAAGUUCCUGGACAUUUCUGGAGGGAAUGUCCCGAGUCCACACCCUCCGAUCCAACCAGAUGUGUUCAAUAGGAUUGAGAUCCGGGCUCUUCGCUGGCCAUGGCAGAACACUGACGUUCCUGUCUUGCAGGAAAUCACGCACAGAACGAGCAGUAUGGCUGGUGGCAUUGUCAUGCUGGAGGGUCAUGUCAGGAUGAGCCUGCAAGAAUGGUACCACAUUAGGGAGGAUGAUGUCUUCCCUGUAACACACAGCAUUGAGAUUGCCUGCAAUGACAACAAGCUCAGUCCGAUGAUGCUGUGACACACCGCCCCAGACCAUGAUGAACCCUCCACCUCCAAAUCGAUCCCGCUCCAGAGUUCAGGCCUCGGUGUAACGCUCAUUCCUUUGACGAUAAACGUGAAUCUGACCAUCACCCCUGGUGAGACAAAACUGGGACUUGUCAGUGAAGAGCACUUUUUGCCAGUCCUGUCUGGUCCAGUCCUGUCUGGUCCAGUCCUGUCUGGUCCAGUCCUGUAUGGGUUUGUGCCCGUAGGCAACGUUGUUGCCGGUGAUGUCUGGUGAGGACCUGCCUUACAACAGGCCUACAAGCCAUCAGUCCAGCGUCUCUCAGCCUAUUGCAGACUUUCUGAGCACUGAUAGAGGGAUUGUGCGUUCCUGGUGUAACUCAGGCAGUUGUUGUUGCCAUCCUGUACCUGUCGCUCAGGUAUGAUGUUCAGAUGUACCUAUCCUGUGCAGGUGUUGUUACACAUGGUCUGCCACUGCGAGGAUGAUCAGCUGUCCAUCCUGUCUUAUGCAGCUCACAGUACGGACAUUUAAAUGUAUUGCCCUGGCCACAUCUGCAGUCCUCAUGCCUCCUUGCUGCAUGCCUAAUGUACGUUCACAUAGAUGAAUAGGGACCCUGGGCAUCUUUCUUUUGGUGUUUUUCAGAGUCCGUAGAAAGGCCUCUUUAGUGUCCUAAGUUUUCAUAACGGUGACCUUAAUUGCCUACCGUCUGUAAGCUGUUAGUGUCUUAAAAACCGCUCCACAGGUGCAUUCAUUAAUUGUUGAUGGUCAUUGAACAAGCAUUGGGAAGCAGUGUUUUAACCCUUUACAAUGAAAAUCUGUGAAGUUAUUUGGAGUUUUACAAAUUAUCUUUGAAAGACAAGGUCCUGAAAAAGGGACGUUUCUUUUUUUGCUGAGUUUAUAUACAUACACACAUACUUUUUUUUUAGAAUAUACCUUUAUUAUUCCCCAGCAUACCACCCCUCCCCCAAUUGGAGUAAACUAACAAGCAAUAAUAUUUAGGCUUCUACCUUCAGUUUAUACAUAUUAUACACAUUUUACAGGCACAAUCUAUUUUACAAUAGUUAUAUUUUGCUUGUUUUUAGUCCUUCCUCGUCUGAUUUCUAUUUGUAACUGUACUAUUUCACAAAAUUUCUGAACAUACAGUAUAUACAUUUUACAGGCCCCGUAUAUUUUACAUUGGUUAUCUUGUUAUUAGUCCCACCCUUCAGCUCCAUUCAACCCCUCCCAUCUAUUUCUUAACACCAUCCAUUUUGGAUUUCUCUUUGCCAUAUAUUUUUUAACUGUGCUGUGAUACUUCACAAAAGUACUGAACAUUUCUAUUGUCAUAGCUUGUCAAUUAAAGGUAAAAAAAUGUUGCUCAAAUAAUUAUUAUAUUAUUGAUUGAUUGACUAUGACUUUUCAAAUCGCCCAGUGUUGCUAUCUGCUGCGUUUGUUCUAGGUAAACGUUGCAAUUCUUCAGCCAUUCCUGUACCUGUGACCCAAAACGAGCUACAUAUGGACAAUACCAAAAUAAGUUAUCUAAUGACUCUGCCUCCUCACAGAAAAAUCUGCAGAGAUGGGAAGAUUGUGUCCCCCUUAUAUAUAACAUUAUAUUGGUUGCAAGAAUUUAAAAUAAAAAAAUGUGAAGUUUUGAA